ACCCGAAUCCUCCAGGCGCAAGCCAUAAAAAGUAGAUGCAAACUUUCUUCUCUCUUCUCCAUUGCUGGCCAUGAAUCGCAGAGAUUGAUCGACCUCCGGGACUCUUGUGAAAGAGCGGCUCUGAGAUCAGCCCAGAAGAGCUUAUAUGCAAUGGCAACAUCAAGGAGGGAGCCUCAACCAAAUGCUAGGGUCAACUGGAGCGUCAGGAAUACGUCCCCAAUGCUCAAACCCGGUAAACCUGACCAAGGGCGGCGUGCAAGGUCUGUCCCAACCUCUCCUGAUCGCAGGUUAUCCCCAUCCCCUGCCUCGAGUUCAUCCAAUGCAUGCCGGCCCUCAUCAUCGUUCAAUGCUCGCACCACCUCAUCCCGGUCCACAUCUGGCUCAGCCUCUUCUUCUGCUGACGGGAAGACACUGCACUCUGCUUCCUCCAUAACCGGUGCAAAGCAAGCUAACACAAUGAGAAGAAAAGCAGAUAAGCCUGGCGCUACAUCUGUAUGGCCUCCAGCCCUUGCAACACCCAAUACCUCAUUGAAGGAUAUAACCAGGGCAGCAAAAUCACCAUCAACUGUGCAGAAGAGUAAGCUAUCUACAAAGCCUGGUACUGAGAAGAUGGCAACGUCUUGUCUAAAGCUGAGAACUCAGAAAGCAAUGCUGGGAGCUCUUGGAGCUGGAAAAACUCAAGCUGUGUCUUCGGCCCGUGCUCCUGGCGCCUUAUCAAAGAGAAGAAUGGGAGCUGAAAAUUCUGUCUCUAUCCAGAGGACAAGAAGUGUACCGGCAAGACAAAUAGCGGCACCAAAAAUUGAGGAGCAAGAAGUCGAGCUGUUGAUGGAAUUUGAUGAGAUGGAGAGCAUAAGCACCCCUUCCAUAGAUGAGCACUUGCAAGAACGGCUCCCUGACCCUGUCGAGCUGAAACCUAUUGAUGUCAUUACUUAUGCUACAUCUGAAGAUGCUUUAAGCGAGCCAUCCUCUAAUCAAGAGGAAUACAAGAACAAGGUCACAGAGCACAUUUCAGAAGAGAAACAUGAAGAGAAAGACAACGAAGACCUGAAAGGAGGUAACAAUGUUGAAGUUGGAAUUAAUAGCGAAGUAAAUGUCACGAAGGAAGCCGCCAGCAAAAAUGAGUUAAAGGAAGAUGUUGAUGAAACCAAGUUAAACAAGGCUGUCAGUGAAACUGAGUUAAAUGAACCUGUUGAUGAAACCGAACUAAAUGAAGCUGUCAGUGAAACUGAAUUAAAAAAAGCUGUUGACGAAACCAAGUUAAAGGAAGCUGUCAAUGAAACUGAGUUGAAGGAUGCUGUCUCUGAACCCGAAUUAAUAGUAAAAGAAGAGGCUAAGUUUGAGGAGGAGAUGAUGCUGCCAACGAAGACCCUGGAGUUGGUACAGAGGUGGAGGAAGGAUGAUGAGAGGAGCAAUGAAGUGACAGAGGAGGGCAGGAGCAAGCCUAUGCAGGAGAGAAAGAACAAGGUAAUGGCCUUGGUGGGAAAAUUUGAGACUGUCAUGUCUAACGGAGAGUGAGAAUGGAGAUGAAGCACUGACAGAGCACAAGCAACAAACCUUUUCAUAUUUUGCAAAGUACAAACUGCUCUGAUUCAUGAAAAUAUGUACUCAAUCAUGAAGAGUGGAUAGUUUGUAUGUUUCAUGCGACUGUUUAUUGAUGAGGAUUGAGUGAAAUU